AUGCCUCCUAAAUACAAACACUUGUCCGGUUGUCAAAAACGUAAAAGAAGGAAAAUAGAGGAAGAAAAAAGAAGGUCUCAAGAAGGGGCAAUACACAAGUUCUUUCAAAAAGAACCACAAAGUUCUAAUGUUGAGAAAGACGAAGUUAAUAAUAAUGAUAAAGUGAAUGCUAAUGUGGAUAAGAAUGAUGUUGAUGCUAAUAUGGAUGAAGAUGAUGUUGAUGCUAAUGUGGAUAAAGAUGAUGUUGAUGCUAAUGUUUAUGAAGACGAGAUUGAUGCUAAUGUAGAUGAAGGCGAGGUUGAUGCUAAUGUAGAUGAAGAUGAAGAUGAUGUUGAUGCUAAUGUAGAUGAAGACGAUGUUGACGCUAAUGUAGAUGAAGACGAUGUUGAUGCUAAUGUUAAUCCUAAUAUGAUAUUUUUGAUCCUAGAAAUUGGGAUGGACUUAAUAUAA